CCCAGUAGAUGCGGUGCACUUUCACAUCGGGAACCGAUGUCGUUCAAAACGAUUUUUGCGAGUUCUUCCUCGCCCCGAGAAAUCCGGAGACUCGCACCGAAGACCUGAGGAAUGGCCUAUCACGGACGGUGGCUACAAAAAUGCCUCAAUUACAAGCCUCUGCGGGCGUGGUUUGCCGGAGUUGGGACAAGAUUCAUACUGCUUGCUCUUCUCGCCUUUGUCAUCGUGUCGCUAUUUAUGCAUUAUUACAUUUCAAAGUUUGCGGGCACAGUGGAUUCAGCAACAGACCUGCAGAGGCGCAUCCAACUUGACGACAUUCAUGUUUUAGAGGACCUAAAGCUGAGGAUUGAAGAAUUCCUUCGCAUCAAGUUGUCCGUGAGCAGCGAGCUUCGAGACCUGGAAAAGAAGCGACAAAGGCUGCAGGCUGAAAUUUUCACCUUGACUCAAAGUGUUGAAGAAUCAAAGCGUGGCUACACAAAAAACCGCCUCGAACUUGACCGCAUCAAGCUUUCCUUGAAACAAGCCGCUUAUGCUCGAGAAGAGCUGGAAAACCGAAACAUACCGCUUCUUCGACCACCUCUGAAGCUUCUGACAGGAGAAGAUGCGCGUCAACUGUACCUGCCAACACCAGAGCCACCAGAGUGCCAGAUGCAUUCGUGCUUUGACUACUCGCGCUGCUCCCUCACAUCCGGCUUUCCUAUUUAUUUUUAUCCUACUGAUGACUCGGUUCUGGAGUUGAAUGUGCGUGCAUCCCUUGCCCAAAUACUUGACACUAAUGUUCACACCACGUUUGAUCCAAGUGCGGCAUGCGUUCAUGUGGUUAUCCUCGGUGGCCACUUGCCAUCGUGGUCAGUGGCAAGUUAUCUUCGGCAGCUGGCGCAUUGGAAUGGCAGCGGACGCAAUCAUAUUGUAAUCAACCUGGGCAGCACCACCAUUCUCAGCGAAAAGCAUGUGCAGCGAGCCAUCGUGGUGCAGUCAUCUGCAGGGGCGGCGACUUUCAGGCGAAAGUUUGACAUCACGAUAACACCAGCACCAUUGGGCAAGGAACUAGCACACCCAUGGGAGUCGGCGCCGGUGAUAUUGCCCGCACGUCGGCGGUAUCUUCUGAGCUUCCAGGGGAGACUCGCACAGGACACCAACAUCACCCUAGCAGCCCGCGCAAAUGAGAUGAUUGUCAACGUUCUCAGUAAAAUGUUGCAAGGCUUUGACAAUGAGUUGAACUUCACUUUCAGCUGCUUGGCAGCUGAAAAUGCGUCUUCUGUGCCAAAUGACUGGCUGCUGUGUGGCGACCACUUUAGUCGUGCCCAGCUGCUACAAGAGUCAACAUUUUCAAUUGUCUUUGCCCCUCCUACUGACUUUGUGUCGACGGCCACAUUCCUGGUGCGCAUUCGUGAGAGUCUGCAAAAUGGGGCCAUCCCUGUCAUUCUCGGUGGCGAUGCCGUCGAGCUGCCAUUCUCCGAGUUUGUCGACUGGUCACGCGCAGCGCUCUUGCUGCCACUGGCCCGGGUCACUGAAGUCCACUUUAUCCUGCGGACCUACUUGGACGCUGACAUCGUGGAGCUACGGCGCCGUGGCCGCCUGCUUUGGGAAAAUUAUCUGUCAACGACAUCCCGCAUGAUCAACGCAGUGCUUUCCCUUGUCCGCACACGGCUUGGGAUUCCUGCUCCACCAUCGCAUGAGGAGCCAUCGCCAAGUGUGUUCAACAGCACUUUUCACCCACUCAUCGUUGAAGCGGCACCCAACACGGAGACAGAUGAAAUGCUAGGUCCCAUUGAGCCACCAUUUCCCUCACUGACAUACCAGAGGAACUUCAGCAUCACCCUGAAUGACCAGGCAAAAGUGUGGAACGAAGAUUUCGACCCACACACUAUGUACCCGUAUGGGGUUCAAGAGCCUAUUCUCCCCUCCGAGGCAAAGUUCAUGGGCUCUAGUUUCGGCUUCAGGCCGGUUGCUCAAGGCGCUGGUGGCUCUGGAAAGGAGUUUGGUGAAGUUCUUGGCGGGAAUGUUCCCAGGGAGCAGUUCACAGUGGUGAUGCUGACAUAUGAGCGAGAGGCAGUGCUGAUUGACUCGCUUCAGCGACUGCACAGCCUUCCCCACUUGAACAAGGUCAUUGUCGUGUGGAACAGCUUGAAGCCGCCAUCUUCUGACCUGCGCUGGCCUGAUAUCGGUGUUCCCAUUGAGGUGGUGCGUGCAAAAAAGAACAGCCUCAACAACCGCUUCCUGCCGUUUUCCUCUAUCGAGACGGAAGCCGUGCUCUCAGUCGACGAUGACACGCAUCUCCGUCAUGAUGAGAUAGUGUUCGGGUUCAGGGUUUGGCGUGAAGCCCGGGACCGCAUUGUGGGCUUUCCGGGUCGCUACCAUGCGUGGGACGUCAACCACAAGUCGUGGUACUACAACAGCAAUUACUCCUGUGAGCUGUCCAUGGUACUCAUGGGGGCUGCUUUCUUCCACAAGUACUAUUCGUACGUGUACACCUACGUGAUGCCUCAAGCCAUCCGGGACAAGGUAGACGAGUACAUGAACUGCGAGGAUAUCGCCAUGAACUUCCUAGUCUCACACAUCACCCGGAAACCACCUCUCAAGGUGACAACACGGUGGACAUUCCGGUGCCCAGGUUGCACGGUGUCAUUGUCAGCUGACGACUCGCACUUUCACGAACGAGACACCUGCCUCAAUUUCUUUGUCAAGGUGUACGGCUACAUGCCCCUGCUGUACACUCAGUUCAGGCUUGACUCCAUUCUGUUCAAAACCCGCAUACCGCACGACCGGCAAAAGUGUUUCAAGUUCAUCUGAGCAUCACUCAUCAGUCAUCUGUACACACGGGUCAUCACUGCAGUUUACAACAGAUGCAGGCUUGCCACUUAGACAAGGACAUAGAUGAUGGGCAGCGCCAGCCCCAAGACAGUGGUCUUGUUGCUGGCGGUUUUGCCCAUAGGUCAUGACUGCACCGUCAUUUCUGCCCAUGAUUCACUUCUGAGACCAUUCUGUGUUACCGUGAACUGUGAGCGGUCUUUGCGAAUUUCCACAGCGGAACGAUAAUCCUGUG